AUGGCGGAACGUGAAGAACUAGCUGCGAGAGAAGAUGUUAUCGAAUAUUUAAGACAUGGUUUUAACCUUUAUGAAGAACUGAUACGUAAUUCAUUUACUAAUGAUGCUGCUGUUGCUGAGUUAGUAGUUAUUAGAUGUGAGGAAUUCGUUUGCGGUUUAUCUUUGUUCUAUCAUGCUGUGCCAUGGCCGGAGGACGUUUGUCUAAUUUUUCAAGAAGUUAUUGGAGAAUUUCAAGAACGUAUUUCGAGACUUAUUGAGCGAUUUAACUUCUUCGAUGAUAAUGACGACUGUAACUAUGCUUGCCCGCUUGAAGAGAACGUUAGAAGACGUGCAGGUCGACCUCGAUUUCUCAUCCCAAAGCAGCAACUUGAAGGUUUACGUUCACUGCAUUUUUCCUGGCAAAAGAUAGCCCUGAUGCUUGGUGUUUCAGAGAGAACAGUACGUAGACGCCGGAGUGAACUUGGAAUGACAUUAGGUCAGGUAUUAAACUAUAGUGAAAUAGAUGAUGAUGAGCUAGACGCAUUUGUCCAACGCAUCUUACACUAUUCUCCAAACUCUGGUGAAAGAAUGGUCAUAGGAGCAUUAAAGGGGUAUGGUGUUAAAGUACAAAGAGAGAGAGUACGACAAUCUAUCCGAAGAAUAGAUCCUGUUAGCAGGGAAUUACGUAGAAGAACUGCCAUCCAUCGGAGAGUAUACAGUGUCAGAACACCUAAUGCAUUAUGGUAUGAAUUUUUGUGUUUAUAUAUUUUAAUAGCUGCAACUGAUGCAACCCAAAGCAAUGAAUCAUGGCAACUAUGCAUGUUAUUGGUAUCUCAUGUCAUGAUCUUAUAUUUUUUGGAAAAGACCUGA